AUGCAAUACUACGCUCCUCCUCAUCAGCAUAUCACCUCUACAGCAUCCUUGCCAUUAACCAAGGAGAAUUUAUCUCGUGUUGCAUAUGCACAGGCAGAAGAAUGUGAACCAUCUAUCAGCAUGCUUGCUCGUUAUUAUCAUGAUCUAUCACUGCCACCACUACCAAUGUCACCACGACGCGAGAGAAAAUCAUCUUCGACCACUAAAAGCAUCCGCUCAUCAGAUACCGUGUUAGCAUCACCAAGGCUGUCUCCAUUUCCGUAUCACAAUGAUUCGCUUUUUUUGCCGAUGGCUGAAAAACAACAGCAACAACAUCUUUAUCAUCAGCAGACGCACCACAUCAAUAGCCAACCAUCACUCAACAACUUUCAACAAAAGCGACGUUCCAGCGCAAAUGAGCCUCAUCAACAAGCAAGCCUAUUGUCGAUGACUCUACCGCGUCGCCAAGUUAGCGCUCCUCCAGUGGAUCGAGCAACACGAAGGCACCAUGAAAAUAGCUUGAAUAAUAUCAAAACGCGGUGGCCUGGUGCUUUUCGUCAUUGGUUCGCAAGGCUAUUUCAAGGGAAGAAGCGCACUAUGGCACAAGAAGCUUCUUCCACCAGACAACACUGUUUAAGUGAAGACUCACCUGUGUGGUACAGCCAAUUUGCAGGAAAUCCGUUGCCUCCUACGGAACGGCCUAUGAUCGCUGCUUAA